CGGCGGCGGCUCGGAGCCUCGGCGUGAGGGCGUCUGUGCGCCCUCCCUCCUCCAGCGCCUCGCCUGGGGGCCGGCAAGGAGGAGGGGCCGGGCGACAUGGCCAGCCCCGGCAAUUGCGAGCGCCUGAGGCCGCUGCAGCCGGACACGCUGCGUGUGAGUGAGGCACCAAUGACAAACCUGAAUGUGCAGAAGGACACACAGCUUGUGAAAAAAACUGGACAAGGCAAAAGGCCUCGAUUUGAUGCAUCCUUGGUGCUUUUGACACGAAAAUUUAUGGCUCUUCUCAAAAAAGCUCCAGACGGUGUCCUUGAUUUAAAUGAAGUUGCAACAACACUUGGAGUACGAAAACGAAGAGUAUAUGACAUCACCAAUGUGUUGGAUGGAAUCGACUUGAUUCAGAAAAGAUCUAAGAAUCUUAUCCAGUGGAUAGGCAACAAUCUUGACCAAGUUGUUGGAAAAGCACCAGAGCAGCAAAACCUUAAAGAUGAACUUUCUGACUUAUCAGCCAUGGAGGAAGCUUUGGAUGAAUUAAUCAAGGAUUGUGCUCAUCAGAUAUUUGAACUAACAGAUGACAAAGAAAAUGCAAAACUAGCUUAUGUGACAUACCAGGAUAUCCGAAGCAUUCAGGCAUUUCAGGAACAGAUUGUGAUCGCAAUCAAAGCUCCAGAGGAAACCAAAUUGGAAAUACCAGUUCCUAAAGAUGAUCACAUAGAAGUACAUGUGAAGAGCACAAAAGGACCCAUUGAUGUGUAUCUAUGUGAGGUGGAAAAAGAGAAGCCAGGUACCAAAACUUGUGAGGAUAUGGAUACUGUCAGUAGUGAAACUGAGGCAUCAUUUUAUCCUGAUGAAGUGAGAUCUCCGAUGGAAGAGAAAAAGCCAUUUGAGAUGCCAGAUUAAUUACAACCCAAAAAUCUAAUACAGAAUGUAAAUAUCUGUGUUACACGGCUUUUCCAUAGCUACUUGGAUCUGCAAACUUGGGAACCUGAAAUGUUCCAAAAUGUUUUAAAAAGCCAGCAGUGGAUGACCUACAGAAGUUUGGGGAAACAGUAUUUUUACCUUAUAAUUUUAAUUGACAGAAAACAUAGAUAACUUCCAAAAAGGAAGGUUGGAGAACUAUUUCUGGAAUGGUCCACAAUCGGUGUGAGAAUGUAUAAAAUGAAGAAAUGCACUUUUCAGUUCUGAGGCUGCACUACUAAGCAGGAAUGUCAAAUACAAGUAUAACAAAGAACUGGUGUAUUGGAAGCCUUUGCUAUAAAGAAGAAGAUGUAAAUAUCCUGAGAGUUAUGCCUUACACUGUGUACGUGAUGUUUGCAUCCAGCUCUACAUGAACUAUGGUAUCAACACUGAAGUGAAAUAACUGGGCUUUGUGUACAUACUUGUAUCAUUUCUAGGUAGUUACUGAUGUACAUUUGUUGAGAUGGUUUGUGUUUCUGCCUUUGUACAGGAAAGAAAUUAAAUAAGCUUACAAAAAUAUGAAAUAGUCUAAUGAAACCUGUUGGGUUGCCUUUGCUGCAAUUCACUGAGUAACUACAAACAUCUUAAAUUAUGCAAAAAUUUAAAAUCUGUUUUUCAUGAUGCUGUCAGAUAACACUUAGAUCUGGAUCUUGUGAUGCCACAGUACUGUAGCAAUUUUCAGAAUAAUGAUCAAUAACUACUUAAACUUACAGUUUCUGGAGUUUGCAUACAGCAGAGCUUUAGCUGAAUACCAUGAUGUCUUUGUGGCUCAGCUUGCAAAAGUAUGUAAAAUACUUUAGGACUACAUCUGAAUUAUCCAUCUUUUGCAUCUAUAAAACAGAGCUGUGGAAUUUGGAUACUGGAUUUUCUAAGGGAGUGAACUGUCAGUGCACAAAUUGCUCUUCUUGGGCUCACUUCAUCCCAGUAUCAAACUGUACACCAGAGGUUUCUGUAGGGGUGAGGGGUAGGUUGGCAGGUUUGGUUUUAAAUGGGAAGUCCAAGUCCUUGUUUCCUGAUCACACGGUAUUGACAACUAUAAAUCUACUCAUAAGUGAGAACAUCAAAGCUAAUUAACGCCUGAAUGUUCUAGCCAGCAACUCUACGGCUAUUUUAGACAGAUGCAGUGAAGUUAAAUGCCCUGUGUUCCACAAUACAAAUAAGGUGACACAGGUGACCUUAUGGUGAGCAUAAAUAUACCUAAAUAUAGACUGAGAGUUUAAUUUCCACAAGGUUCUGUAAGCUUCUCUUGGUAACCUGUCCCAAUGCCUCUCCACCCUCAUAAUAAAGAAUUUCUUCCUAAUAUUUAAUCUAAAUCUACCCUUUAACUCUUAGCCAUUACCUAUCUUACCUAUAAAGAAGUAUAUUUUUACAAAAUAACCAUCUUAAAAAUGCUAAAAAAGUCUGUCUUCAAUAGCAGAGCAAUUAAUUUAAAUGAAACAUGAGGAUUUUUCAUUUUGAACAAAUCUCUAGUGAUUGUUUUUCCUCACUCAUAUGUACAGGUUUUCUAGCAGUAUAAUUAAUUUUUUAGCCACACAAUAGUCACAGUGAAAUGAAAGAAGCUGUAAUAUGACAAUUAUAUUAUUAUUAUUUUACUAAAUACAUCUCUUGUUUCAAUAGUGCACCUUCAGUGGAACGAAUGGACUUUUGAAGAUUAAACCACUGCUUUUACUGCUUGCUUACAUAAAGUAUUACCCAUUGGUGAUGCUGGAAAACAAUGUACUGUAUAAGCUCAGUGCACUAGCUGAAAAGAUUCAACUUGGACUUGAAAAAUUCCUGAGUGAUGCUGAACUUACACACAAGUUACAAGUUUGUAAAUGUGACAGGACCUUACUCUGAAUUUGUGUAAUAAUGCUUGAUUUUUUUUCUGAGAGAUUGUUAUUUUUGUUGAGUCUAUAUCUGUCCAUUUUCAGUACAGUUGUAUAUGUAAGAAGCUCUCUUGGCUAUUUGAGGACUCUAAUAAAUUAAAAGUUUCUAAUA